AUGAAGGAGAUAAACGCCAAUUCCUCUCAUAAGAGCGACAAAGAAAGAGUCAAAAAGAAACUCGAUGAACCUAAGCCACCGAAAGUCGAGACCUCAUUUAAACCUGUUCUGAAAGAAAAAGUGAAUGGCAAAAUUCCGCAGAAAUCGAAGUCACCGUUCAAAUCAUCACCGUCUCAGGACUCGUCUUCGGAUUCCGAACUCGAAGGUAAAGUAAAACGCAAAAAUGACGCGCUUAUGGAAGGCGCUUAUGCAAACAGUCAGGAGCAACUUGCUGCCAGUACUAGCACUGCGAGCACAGACGACUUGGCUGCUAUCGCUCUGGAAUCAAAACGAAACCAGGACGAAUUCAAGAAAGAGGGAGAGAUCAAGAAAGAAGAAGCCGUGAAGGAAGAAUACAUCGAUAAGCCUGUCCUGGCCGCCCAAGCAAAUCCUGUCAAGCGAAAAAGUUUUUUGUCCGAAUCUGCCUCCUCUUCGAGCUCAUCGUCCAGCUCGAGUUCCAGUUCUUCAAGCUCAUCUGACUCCGCAAGUUCCUCAACAGAUAGUUCCGGCGACGAGCAAGAAAACGCCAAGAAAAAGCCAAAAGUUCAAGCAGGCAACAAGCCCUUAUCAGAGUUGAAUGGAAACGGGACGAAGAAACGCCGCGGCCGUCCUCCAAAGGCGAAAGUUGAGCCGACUCCUCAACCACCACCAAAGCCGACGACCUUCAUUCCAUCCGGCGUAAGAUGGGCCGAGUCGGAUUUUAUCACGAAUUUUAUACACAAAAUCUUUCAUUCUGAACACCUCAAUCCCGAACAUCGCCCAUUCCUGCACCCUCGACUUCACCCCCUCGGAGGUGGUGUAUCUUUGCACGCACACUACCACGAAGUAACGAAUCACCACUCGGUAACGCUCGACGAGUUUUCUGAAACCUUCGCUAAAGUCGCCAUUGCCGAAUACGAGCCCGGUCUGCCUGCAUUCAACAUCUCCAUCUUCCACGGAAGCGCUGUCAAAAUUCCUGACCCACUAGAAUAUUUCGCUAAUGCCCAUCCUGACCUCAAUGUAAAGGCCGAAGUCCUUGGAAACAAAAAAGAAGUACGAACAAUGAAGCUGUAUGAAUACAAACGAAAGGUUGAUGCUACGUUUCAACCCUUUUCGAGGAUGUUCCGAGAAGGACCAAUGCGAGAAAUCUCUCUUGUUGGAAAACGAGGCGAAGAAACCGGAUCAGAUUUUUCGGAAUUCACGAAGAUGCUCCAAGAAAAUGUGCCGAUCAUGAAAUGGCUCCUUCCAUGGGGAAGAUUGGCGCUGGACGAAAUCGACAGUCCAAAUAAAUCAGACGACGGGCCAAUCUGGUGGAUAAGACCUGGUGAACAGAGUGUUUCAUGCCAACAUGGUACUCCAGUCAAGGCAAACGUCGGAAAAGUUGGAUUCAAGCGAGCAAGAGAUUCGCGCGAACUGAACGUCAUCGAUCGAACAUUUCCUCACUUGGAUCAUCAAGACGAUCCUACCGGAAGAAGAACUACCCAUGCCGUGGGCGUGUUGAAAGCGGUCAAGUGCGGAAAACACUUUCCUGGAGAGCCCGUUCAAGUCAAAGAUGCCGUCCUUUUCGACUCUAAGCACAAGGAACUUCUCAUAAAUGCGUUGCAGAUGGACACUUACGAACCUCCUAUGACUCAGACUUCUGGAUGGCUUUCUCUUUCCAAGCUGAACGGGUUGCGAUCAGAUUAUCAAGUCAACUUUACGAAAGUCGAGCUCUACGACGAUGACAUCUACCUGAUCCCAAGAAACGUAGUCCACCAAUUCCGCUCAACAGCGGCCAUUUCCUCGCUGGCCUGGCACCUGAGGUUGCAGAGGUUCGCAAAUGAGAAGGACGGCUCGCCAGACAAAUGA